GAGCCGCGUCACAACCACCCGGCGCACGAGCUCACAGGAAGUCAUCCCGGGACGGACAAAAAGGGACGAAAAACAUGAAGAAGUUUUUGGGCAAGAAAAAGGUGGCAAGAAUGAACAGCACCAAGCCUUUAAUGGAGAACAACGACUAUGACGGCCCUGUAUCUGCAACACGACAGCUCUCGCAGGAGCUUCGUCCAGUGUGUUCUGAUGACACUUUAGGCAGUGAGCAGCGAACUCAGAGUUCCAAGCAAGUGAGCUUCCCAGAACUUCCAUCAGACCUGGGAAAACAUCUGGAUCAGCAUCUGGAAGCAGUAGACGAAAUAAUCAAAAAUAAUCACGUCACAUCUGGAGAUGACUUCCUCUGCCAGAUUCGUACUCACAUUGAUGCUCUGCUCCAGAACAUCACCACCACCAAGAGCUGUGUAAUCCUGACCAACUGGAUCUCACAGAGGAAGGAUCAGCUUGAUCACUCCGAGCUUGGUCUACUGGAUGAACGGGAAUUAAAAACAGAGGACAAACUGCUGGAGAUAGUAAAGGUGGAAGUCAUAGAUUCCCUGAGAAAAAUCCUGGAUGCUGAUCGAACACAGAUGGAUUACAGCGAGGAGGCCUACGCUCAGCUUUAUGUGGACGUUAUUCAGUGUACUAAUGCCAUGCCCAAAUUAGUACAGAAGAGAUUACUGAGUAAUAAGGUGAAAAAGGUUUGCUUUCAAGAGCUGCAGAGUUUUGUGGAAAGGUACAACACAGAGCAAGAGGAGAUACUCUGUAAAAAAGCUGAAGCAUGGAGGGGAAAGCCAGAAAGCAUACACUUCCUGAAGACUCUGAGAACAUGUAAAGAGCUACGGCAGCACAUCCGGGCUGAAGGAAGCGUUAAAGCAGGCUCUGUUGACAAAACAAAGAAAAUACUUCAAAAGUUGGAGGCUCGCACUCUGGAGCUUAUAAAGAAAAUUGCAACCGAACUUGCUGAGAGCUGUCUGAAGGAUUACUUCAGAUCUCCCAGCAAGCCAAGUGGGAGGUCUUUACUCCACCAGCCUGGUGAAAGACACUGUGAGCUGUUUGACUCCUUGCGGCAUCAGUUUCCCAAGCUGCCUUAUGCUGUGGAUGAACAAAUGAUGGUGAUGAAUGAGGUUUAUAAGGUUGUUGCUGACUCUUACCUCAACCAUCUCCUCCUAAAAAGUCAGCUUGUACUGAAAAGCAAUGGAGUUCUGAUGUUGGUAAAGCAGUCAAGGAGGAUGCCGAUGAGCUUCAUGCCACCAUCUCAGAUCUGGCUCCUGGUGUCCAGCAGUGGAAUCACCUGCUACUACUGAUCCACGAGGUGUUAAACUGCAAGGACCUCUCCUCAGUCAAGCUCACCAUUGCAUUGAAACAAGAAGACAUUGGGAAGCAGAGUGAGGACAUGGAGUUCAUACCCAAACUGCUGAAGUGGAAGGGUCUUUCAGAAGGUCAAAUCACAGAAGUUCUGGAUGCUUUACCUGGAGGUUCACCCAAACCCAAGUCUAAACCCUCAUAUUUGCGUUCCUGUUGUUUCUCCUGCUUCUGCUGCAGCUGAACUGCAAGCAGCUGCACAAACCUGACACAUGUAAAGUUUGUAAACGUGUCGAUAAAACACAUUACGUUAAGACCAAACCACAUCUACUCUAAAUCGCUUUCAUUCAGGUGUGAAUUUUUCAACAAAGAAAAAAAAGGUCCUCUGUAAAAAUGCGAACUUUCAAAGACUGCUUCCUGCACCUUUAUCAUAACUGAGCCAUGCAUUCUCAGGUUGUGUUUUGGGGUUGGUUUUGUUUUUGUCUGACUCAAUAUUCUUCAGCUUGUGUGUGAUAUGUAGCGGUCUGUCUUAACUCCAGGUUCUUCAUUUAGGAAUCGGCAUUCUGUGUUUUGUCGUCUCUUUUGUUGCAGUGAGUUUUUCCGCUCGCUCCGUUUUGUGCUUUUCUUUACACGAUCUGCUUCAGAAUGUGUUUCAGAAACAGCAACAAGCUUUUUGAUGUUGAUAGUUUACUGUCAAAUAGCCCUGGUUUCGUCAUGCAUUACAUUUUGUUUGUGAUGAUUCAUAUGAAUUGAGGUACCAAGGAGUUUCUAGAAUAUUCAGAAGAGUUUAACAAUAAUAUGGUACAGGCAAACUCCUUCCCUUACUGAUCAUAUGUUUUGU